CCUUCCUCCUCUCCCCCUUUCGCCCGCCCCCCUCGCCACUUCGCUCCUCCUCGGCCCUCUUCUCUCUCCCCCCUCUCUCUCCCCCCCCUGCAAAUUGCCGCCAUGGAUGGGCGGCUCAUGCACCCGCGGCGCCCCUCGGCCGCCCUGCUGGCCCUCCUGCUGACCGCCCUUGUGGCCGUGCUCCUACGCGCUGAAGCGGCAAACCCCGUCUGUCCCCCGGUUGUGCCCCCCUCGACGCCGGAUCCCCCCACGCCAGAUGCGCCCCCCCUCAAACGCGUCACCUCGUUGCGGGUAGACAUGCGGCCGAUUGCCGGGCGAUUGGAUGGCUUCCGGACUUUUGUGUCCGGCCCAUCACCCUCGGUACACCUGCUCCUUGGCAGCGGGGCCUUCAAUGGGCGUGUCCUGCUGGACACUCGGAUGUCCGAUCUAGGCCUGUUGCACAGCAACCAUUGCACCUAUCUGCCUCCCCCCCCGCUUCCGGGGGACUCCUCGAGCGGUGCCUCAGGCAGUGACCCGGGGAGCACUCCCUCAAGCAGCUCCUCAGGCAGUGCGCCGGGCAGCACUCCGGGCAGCGUUUCGGGAAGCACUUCGGGCAGCACUUCGGGCAGCGCUUCGAGCAGCGCUUCGAGCAGCGUUUCGGGCAGCGCGUCGGGCAGCACUCCGGGCAGCGCUCCGGGUAGUGCGCCUGGUGAUGCCUCUUCAAGUGCUGCCGCCUCAAGUGCAUCGGCUCCGGCUGGGUCAGCAUCAUCAGCUCCAGCGGGCUCGGAACCGGCAGCCUCUCACUCCGAAUCCAGCCCCGCGUCAUCUGGCGCCGGGUCAGAUCCUGUGUCUCCUCCAGAGACGGGGCUUCUUGACAUGGCUCUUGGCCCGGGACAGGUUCUCCUUCGGGAUCUUACCCCCUCGCGGCACCCGAGCUCUUGGGUUCCUUUCUCUGGCAUGGUGUACACUUUUGGCAGGGCGGUCGAGAGUGCCAUCCGGCGUGUGCUACCGGGUGGGACAGCGCAGCCGGAGGCGAUUGGCCUGCCCCUGAGCAGCGCCCGCCCGCCACAAAUGGACUCCACCUCUUCGGAUGAGUCACUCCUGCUGUCCAAGACCAACCUCCCGCCCUCUCUCUCGCGGUCCUGUCUCUUCCCGAACACCACGCUGCCAGACAGCCUCGAACAGGUCCCCUGCUGUGUGUGUACCGAUCAGGUGGUCGUCAACUUGGUCCCCGAGUCCAAGUUCACCUUUGUCUCGAACGGCGUGUCCAUCGAGCCCACUCCCUCCAUCGAUCCCGAUCCUCUUGGCUUCGUGACCCUUUACAAUGACACAGCUCGCACCUGGUACUGGGCUGGUUCCGGCGGUCGCCUUGGUCUGGCUUAUCCGGUGGCCCGCUCGACGGCCAACUUCGUGGCUUCACACCUUUUGGACCUUCCCUGGGUUCCGCCUCCGCCAGUGGAGGAAAGUGGCAGCAGUGACAUCAGCGGCAGCAACAGCACCGGCGGUGGCAGCACUGGUGGCGAGAGUCCCAGGAUGGGCGGCUUGUCGCGCGAGUCCGAAGGGUCUGCUUGUGCCACAGCCAGCACAUCCAGCCAGUCGGCCUCUUCAAGUCCCUCCGGCUCUUCAGGUUCCUCAGGCUCGGAGUCCCCGCCGAAUCCCUACCCACCGGACCGCGCGGCCGCUGGGCCGUACGCCGGAUCGCGUUUCCUGCUCCCAGGUGACUCGGCUCGGCGCAUCAUUCUGUUGGAUUUGCUCCCCCCCUCGUGCCCCAGCUAUGUGCAUUUCCUUGUGUUUGAUCAUCCCUCCGGAUCGGAGGACUCCAGUUCCGGCUCGACUCCCUCGGGCUCCGGCUCCAGCUCGACUCCCUCGGGCUCCGGCUCCAGCUCGGCCCCUUCGAGCUCCGGUUCCGGCUCCGGCCCCAGCUCGGCCCCUUCGGGCUCCGGCUCCAGCUCGGCCCCUUCGAGCUCCGGUUCCGGUUCGACCCCCCCGGGUUCCGACCCCGGCUCCGGCUCCGGCUCGGUCCCCCCGGGCUCCGGCUCCAGUGCCUCGGGCUCCGGAUCAUCUCCUGCUGAUUCUGGAUCAACCCCUGCAGGCUCCAACCCAAGUCCGGGCGAUUCUGGCUCUGGCUCAACACCAGUGGGGUCCGGGUCAGGUGCUCCCACUUCCGGCUCUUCGGCAUCUGACUCGCAGCCGGCCUCGUCGUCAGCUGGCUCUCCUGCCUCCGGCCCUGGCGAUCUUCCCCCGGCAGAGGGCCUGGCAUCCUCUUUUUUGGCUCGUUCUUCUGGUGCCGAUGCUGCUUCAGCCGGUGCUUCUUCACCCUCCGACUCGGAGCCUACCCCUGGCUCCGGCUCUGCUCCUGGCUCUGGCUCUGCUCCUGGCUCUGGCUCUGCUCCUGGCUCUGGCUCCGGCUCUGCUCCUGGCUCCGGCUCUGCUCCUGGCUCCGGCUCUGCUCCUGGCUCCGGCUCUGCUCCUGGAUCUGGCUCUGGCUCUAGCUCUGCUCCUGGCUCUGGCUCCGGCUCUGGCUCAACUCCCGGCUCCGGCUCCACCCCCGGCUCCGGCUCCACUCCCGGCUCCGGCUCCACUCCCGGCUCCGGCUCCGACUCCGGCUCCACCCCGCAUGAGCUCAUUCCAAUUGGGCCCAACUACCCAUGGAACGAUGUUUCUCUUCCAGUGGAUCCCUCGCCGCCGGUCCCCGAGCACCUCUUCUUUUCGGAGCGGUCCUUCGCUUGGUCUGAUCGAAACACUCUGCCAGGGUGCUCCUCUUACCGGGAUUACUAUCUGACUUUGUAUGACCUGUCUGUCGGGUGCAAUUCCCUGCCAGAGCAUGCCGAGCCUCCGCUCAUCUCCGAUGGCAUUCGGCUGUUCACCAAUGUCUCAGACCACAUGGUGGCCACGGUCGAGCUACAGGAGCCCUGCCUGGCCCUGCCCCCUGACGCCUUCAAGUCGCUCAUGGCCUGGAUCGGCGCCACGUGUAACUUCCCGCCCACCGGCUUUUCCACGAGCGUUCUAUGCACCGUCAACCCCAGAUAUGAAUUGCCGUGGAUCCGCUUCCGUCUGGCCUCCGGCUCGACAUCCAACAGUCGCUUCAUCUACCUGCCCUUGGAGACGCUGCGUUUGGGGAGCAGCUCCGAGACUUGCAUCAAGAACACGGCCGUCCAUCAGAUGGUCAACCACCGCGGAUAUCAAGUGAGCCCGAAGAUCGCCAUCUUCGGCAGCUUGUCGUUGGCCAACCUGCGGGUGGCCUUUGAUUGGACCAACUUCCGCGUUGGCAUGCAAUCUCGCACUGGGCCGAACUCGCGACAGUGGCUCUCGACAUCUGCGUGCCGCAAGGCGGACACCUGCUUUGGCGGGCAAACGUACAAUGAGCAAUUCAACAUCUGCGAGGACCCCAAUUGCAGCCAGUUCGCUUUCCAGCAUCUUGACCCGCUUACCCACUCCUGUGUUACGAAUACCGGCUUCCAUGUGGGCAUCGUCCUCUUCUGCCUGCUCAUGGGAGGCUUCGACUUCCUGCUGUCGCUUCUGGCGCGCAAGGCCGCUGCCCGGUCGAUCGCCCAAACCGACCUCGUCAAUUACACGAUCGAGCGCUCCUUGCAGAGCUGA